UAGUUUUUCCGGGAGGGGAAUCGCUCGGCGCGCCCGUACUUCACGUCCCGCCGCCGCUGCUGGGCGGGCCUGGCCGGCUGAGGCGGCCGCGUGGUGCCCGCGGGGGGCGGCCGAGCGGGCUCACCCUCCCGUACGGGAGCGCUGCGGCUUGGCGCCGAUAAGGCACCGCUCCGGGGACCGGGCAGGAGCAGGCGCUGCGCGGGGCUCGAGGUACAUCCCAAAUGCCAUCACGGUCAUCAAUCUCUACUUGCCAGCAGAGCAGCUGAAGUCUGGGGACAGACUCGUUUCUCUUCCUUGCCGGAGGCCAAGCGCUCAAAUGGGGUCUCUCAACACAACAAACUUCAUUACAAGGCUUUUUGCUUUAUGUCUGAGGAAAAACAAGAUGCAAUACAGGCACCAAAGUAAUGGACGACCAACGGUUCCACUUGGAUCACGGAUUUUAACUGAUCCUUCUAAGGUCUUUGAGCAUAACAUGUGGGACCACAUGCAAUGGUCACAAGAAGAAGAGGAGAAUGCCAAGAAAAAAGCAGCAGAGAACUCUCUUGUGAGAGUUCAAUUGGAAGACCAAGAUAAAUAUGAGAGAGAAGCCAGUAAAUAUUGGAAUGAAUUUUACAAGACACAUAAAAAUAACUUUUUCAAGGAUCGCAAUUGGCUGUUUCUGGAGUUUCCAGAAAUUCUUCCAGAAACAAGGAGACAAGAGUUCAAAACAGAAAAAAUAUCUUUGGAACACACAAAAAUAAAUAAUGACAACAGUUUUUUACUUAAAAACGGAAUGUUUGAAGAAGGAGAAAAAUACUGGGAGAAAAUGUAUGGAUCUGGUUCUACUGCUGAACAAGGAUAUGUAUAUAAUAAAAAUCAAGUAAAAGCUCUUACUGACAAUCCCCAAGGUAAAAAGUGUGGAGAAGAACUUGGCAAGGCAGAAUCCUUCCCUGGCUGUGAUGCCACUUACCGAAUAUUAGAGGUUGGUUGUGGAGCUGGAAACAGUGUCUUUCCUAUUCUGAAAGUUUUAUGCAAUACACCUGGAACCUUUCUAUACUGUUGUGAUUUUGCUUCAGGAGCAGUGGAGCUGGUAAAGAUGAGAUCCUGGAUGUCAUUCUCCUUGUCUUUGUGCUCUCUACUAUUCAUCCUGACAGAAAUGAGCAUGAGUCACACAAAGCCAGGGUCCAGGUUUCAAAAACAGUUCAAUCAGGAGACUUUAGAUCUCUGUAACUCCAGCGAUGCUUCCAGAAAGAAAUGGACAGCAGUGGUUCAUUCAGCCACUGUGCCUGUAGAAGCAGUAAUCAGGAUGCAAGGGGUUGUAAAUAGGUUGGCUAAGCUACUGAAGCCUGGAGGAAUGUUGUUGUUUCGAGACUAUGGAAGAUAUGAUACAGCUCAACUUCGUUUUAAAGAAGGUCAUUGCUUGUCAGAAAAUUUUUAUGUAAGAGGAGAUGGAACCAGAGUAUAUUUCUUUACCAAAGAUGAGGUAUGGAGCAUGUUCACCUUGGCUGGAUUAACUGAAGUACAGAAUUUAGUUGAUCGGCGAUUACAAGUGAACAGAAAGAAAAAAGUGAAAAUGCAGCGAGUUUGGAUACAAAGCAAGUUCCAGAAGCCAUUGAUACCUCUGCAUAAUCCUGAAGAAAGCACCAAAAGGCACCCUUGUAAAUAAUUUUACUCCAGAAGUGCAUGCAGACUUGAACUUCAGAAACUGAAGCAAAUUUAAGCUGAAGGGUAAACAUGUCACAGCUGACAGCCCAGCUCGUUGAUCUUUUUGCAAGUUGUUAGUUGCUAAGCUAAGGAGGACUGAUGGUCUUCUAGGAAGAAAACCCUACAUUAUCUAAACAGGGAUACCAAAUAUCUUCAUCCCCUUUAAUCCAGAUGUAUUUCAAGAAUGAGGUGCAAUAAGAGUAUAUGUAAACUUCUCUCCACGUGUGGAACAAGGAUUGGACAUGAGGGUUUUUUAACAUCAGUUAUGUGCCAGUUCCCCUUCUCUUAAGAAUCAUCCAGGAUUUGGACAAGGGAAAAAUGUUUUUACCUGCUUUCAAGUAGAAUCCUAUAGUGACAGAAGCUACAUUCCUAACCUCCUGGGAAGCAAAUACCAGAGAAUAACAGAAGUGUCUGUAUCCUGAUUGUGUGCAAUCAAGGUAGAACAAUUAAAUUUACUCCAUGUGUUCUGAUGAUGUCCCAUUUAAAUCAAGACAAUAUCUGCAGAUUAUCACUGUGAAGAGCCUCCCAAUAUCAGUUUCUGUUAUACUUGCACCUGUUCAACAGAACUUAUAAUGAAUUUGUAUAAACUAGAAAUAAAACAAAAAAAUAGCAGAAUAGGCUUCAUCUGGGAUCACAGCAAUUUAGAGAUGGAAUAUGUUUUGUUAUUUUAAAACACUUAUGGUUGCAGAGGAGCACUUAUCCAAGAGGCUGAAAAUGUUGCUUAUUUGAGGUAUAAUGUAUGUCAAGAAUAUUAAAGCUAAUAUCCGUGUUUUGAAGCUUUGUGUACUUAAUGUUAGCUAAAGCUAUCUUGUCAAUUGUUGCUGUGAAAAAGGAGUUAGCAACAAGAUAGUCUCAUUUUUAGAGGAUAUUUUAUUGAUCAAGUUGCUACAAUUUUGAAGGAAACUCAAAAGGUUAAGGAAGCAAGUGAAUUAGCUUAAUAAGGCUAAAACCCACAGAUGACAUAUACAAUUUGAUAAAUAAUUAGAUUAAGAAUAAUCCAGACAUUCCUGUGUUUUGAUACUAAAUGAAAUUUUGAAUUAAUUAAAAAAACAGACUUGGUAUAUACUCCUAGUUAUAAAAACAGCCAAAAUGUUAAAAUUUUUAAGUAUGAUGUAAAAAUAGAAUGCUCUAUAUCUACUGCAUAAAUCCAAUGUAUAGUCUUCUCUGUAGUGUGUCAUGUUCAGCGAGAAGAAAAAGAUGCAGCAAAAAUAGAUAGUGACGUUUUUUCAUGUCUCUAGAAAUUUUCAUAUGAAAACAGCUUUGGGAAUUGAAUGAUAGACAGUGUGAGAAUGGCAUAUCAUGUUAUGUUUUUGUAUUUAGAAGGUCUAAUUUAUACCUUUACAUGAUACAAAAAGCAAGAUAAAUUAGUCAAGUUGGCAGGCAACAAACUUCCAUUGUAUAUAUUUAUCACCAUGCCCUAUUAAAACAAGGAAUCACAAUGUUCACAAGGCUAAAAUAUUGGUGAGUUACCAAAAAUUGAUUGUAUUAGAUUUUUCCAUUUUUAUAUGUGUGAAUGGGAAAUUUUGCAUAUUUAAUGUUCAAUAUUUUUAAUGCUUCCAUUAAAAAAAGAAAGAAACAAAGAAAUAACAAUCCUAAAACUUUUCUCAUUACCUUUUGUGAGGUCCUAACAUUGCUCAACAUUCAGCUCAGCCGUAGAGCUGAAGAAUAUGCCUGAAUACAAAAUGGGUCUAGUAGACACAGUUAACACAUUAAGAUAGAGGGGGAAAACAGAGAAAAAUAGAGAACAUAAUAAUUGGCAUGACAACAUGUAGUCCUGUAGCAAUCAUACAGCACUAGUAUUUUAUAUGGAAUGACAAAUUCAGUACAGUUCCUGAGAGAGCAGGAGAGAGCCAACAACCUUGCCACACUUCCCUGUCACUCCCGACUGCAAACUGGCACGUGGACAAGCCAAAGGCCAAAGAAUGAAAGUAGUUGGUUUGCUAUAAGAGUUCAAUUAAUUAAUUAUGCUCAGUUGAGAGUGGCUGUUUUGGAAGGUUUCAUUGCAAAGCCAGCGCUAAUUUUUUCUCUCUUUAGUGUCAGGCACACUCUAGCCUCCAUUUCCUUCUGAUAUAACAAGUGCUCUUUAAAUGGAGUAGUGCAUCUUUCAACUUGGAUAAAAGGGUUGUUGUGCAGUGUAGCAUUUAGCAGAUGGACAUAGAGAAUCCAAACCUACCAGUAGUCUUUUACUUUACACUAGGAAAGGCUUUGCCAUUUUUAAUGGCUCUGUUUGCUACAUUCCCCACUAAGCACAGAAGUCAGAUGUUGUUCUGAGGAAUCGGGCAGCAGCUUAGCUUCCAAUGACAUUGAUUACACUCAACAGUGAGAGCAUGAGAAAAAGUAGUGGGUGGAGAAGUGAAAAGGCAGUGUGAGGCAUUUGAAGGAGGAGAUUUGCACUCCAGCACUUGCAUGUGGGUGACAAUCCCCCAGAGAAAAAUUUUUACUCUGAAGUGGAGCAGAGUUGUGUCUUCUGUGCUCCCUUCAGGUUUAAUCUCCAUCCCUGCAAACUACCAGUGCAGCCUGUAGUUAAAUGUGCAUUUACUUAAAAUGAAAAGCAAAUAACAGUAGCAAGAAGCUGCAUUUUUAGCAUGGAGCUCUGAUUUCACAGAGAGAGAUGCUGGCAUGUUAAUCCCUGGCAUAAACGGGUGCAAUUCUCAAUGACAAUGCUAAGCCUGUUUACACAUGGGCUGAGCUAAACCCAAAGAUGACACACAAUGCUGUUCAAAAUCAUUCAUUUAAUCCCUUUUGAAUUUUUGUGAUCUAACAACCAGAGAUAUUUGUGUUAAGAAAAGGUGAUAUGAAAAAGCUGUCAUUGUUGCUGACCAUUACUCUGUCUGACAUAUAAAUUACGACAAACGGUCAUUAUCUUAUUUUAGAUUUAAAUAUCAGCUUUUUAUUCAAGAGUGAAUAGUAGUGAAUUGAAUAAAUCCUCAGUGAUAGUUACCAAACUCUGAAAUAAGAUCUGCUUUUUAAAUUAGAAACAGUCUGAGCUAGCUUAUACAAAGAAAGUAAAACAAAACCAUCCUGGCAGUAAGUCUACAUUUUCUUUUACCAAAGUUUAUGAGGAUAAAUGCAAUCAACAACAACCCUGGGUUUAGAUUCUUUUUCUUUUACAUGUACUAAUUUUAAUAGCAAAAGAAAGCAGAUGGAGAAGGAAGCUGCAUGGUACACAGUCUACAAAAAAUGCAAGUAUUAUUAUAUCACUUAAGAUACUUAACAAGCUACUAAAUCAUACUCUUCUUCUUGCAUCAAUUGCCUGGAGGCAGAAUAUCAGAAACAGUAAAUAUUUAUUUUACUUAGAAACAAUGUUAGUAAAAGGCCUCAGGGUUUAAUCUGAAAGGAAAAAAAAAUCUUUGACCCAAAUUUCCAAUGUCAUUUAUGUCAGUUUAAGUCCAGAAGACUCUCAAGGUCCAUAGAUCUUCUUCAAGAUAUUGACUAGCUGCUCACAAUUGGAAUCCAAAUUAAUGGCACUUGCUUUGGUUUUGGUUGGAGUAGAGUUAAUUUGCUUCACAGUGGCUGGUAUGGUGCUAUGUUUUAUAUUUGUGCUAAAAACAGUUUGGUUAUAUAGAGAUGUUUUUGCUAUUGCUGAACUACACUUGCACAGUAUCAAGGCCUUUUCUGCUUCUUGUACUGCUUCACCAGUGAGAAGGCUGGGGCUGGGGUAGCACUGGGAUAUGGGAGGGGGCACAGCACAGCUGACACCAACUGACCAAGGGGAUGUUACAAACCAUGUAGUGUCAUGCUCAGCAUAUAAAUCUGGGGAGGAGGGAGGGACAUUUGGAGUGACAAUGUUUGUCUUCCCAAGUCACCACUGCGUGUGGUGGAGCCCUGGCUGUCCUGGAGAUGGCUGAGCAGCUGCUGGCCCGUGGGAGGUGGUGAUUGAAUUCAUUCUUUAGCUUUGCUUGCGUGCACAGCUUUUGCUUUACCUAUUGAACUGUCCUUAUUUCAACCCAUGGCUUCUCUUGCUCUCACCCUCAUGAGUCUCCCCCACUCCACCAGAGUGAAGUGAGUGACUUGGUGGUGCUUAGAUGCUGGCUGGGGUUAAUCCAUGACAAGGCCUAAUAAUACCUGUAAAGAUAAAACUGCAAACAUGAAAGUAAAAAUACUUUGUUCACUACUCUGACUUUUUAAAGGGCUAAAAUUUGGUUUGCUCAUAUAUGUGUUUAUAUUUUUGUGUAGGAUAUUCAGGGUUUUUUAUCCUAAUAAAUUCUGUAGUGGGUAAUAAGUUUUAUGAAACAUAAUAACCAACCACGUAAGCAUGAUUGAUUAAGGUAAGUGAUUUUUAAUAAAAUUCUUAAGACAUGUUCAUAUUUGUUUUCUCUUAAAUACUUGAGAAAACUACUAUGAAAAGGUAUGCCUAUUCUUAAAAGACCUUUGAAGUCCAAAAUAACAACGUUUGUGAAGAUAGGAAAAAAAAACCAAUAAGGGAAAAGAUGGCUUUUUUUAAUGCAUUGUCAGAAAAUAAAAAGGCAUAUUUAUGUUUUCACAUUUCACACACAUUGUGUUAUUUCAUUACCAAAAGACUUUGCACAAUGGUAUGUGAUUCUAAGGAAAUACCAGUAAAACAAUAUAAUCCAAACAUAUUAUGCUUUGGGCUUCCAUCUUUUUCCAAUUGUUCAUUCUCAUUUUCCAUUGUUCAUUUCUAAAUUAAUCAAUCAGAUUUAAAAAGAAAGCAAACAUGACACUCUUUGGAAGUCACAGACAGCCGAAGGUAACGCAGGCAAAUACUAGCAAAGUGUUUUUUCUGGUGGACUUUCCAUUCCUGUAUGAGAUAAGAAUACAGCAGUCUUAUGUGGUGUAUUACCAGCAAUUUUUUUUAGCAGAGGUAUGCUAUAAGUAUGCUUGUGAUACUUUAUAUAAUUUUUAUAUUCUUGU